CUUGUUCCUAACAUAUCAAAUAAUCAACCAAAAUGUACGUGGCCUAACUGAUACCUUGCAGCGGCGGAUCCAGAAUAAGUUAGAGCACUGGACAGCAUUUAAAAAGCGGUGGAGAGGGCUGGGCCGUAACCCUAUAAACAUUGAAAUAUAUACUCAAAAUCGGAAAUUUACAAGUACUAUACGAGCUUUGGAUCCGGGGAAGGCUGGGUCGUGGCCUGGGGGCGGCCCCCCUAGAUUCGCCACUGAUACCUUACAUCUGCAUAGUUAGUAAACACUUCGUUUAAUACACGUAUAUGUACCCGUACGUAUUUUAUCCGUUUAAAACUUUCAUAUCCGUAUUAUUGUCAAGCCGUUUCAUUUUUUUCCCGUUCAUUUAAUGGCUCCCGUACUAAAUACGUAUAAAACCCGUAUAACACGUUUAUUAUCCAUAUUUUAUGAAUUAAAUUGUUAACUUUACUAUUAUUUACAUAUUUAUUUAUUUUUAAAAUAAUUAAUUUUAUAUAUUUAUGACUAUUAAUGUACUAUUGAACAAAAUUUUAAUUUAGAGACGAAAUAUAAUACCCGUACGUAAUUUUUACGUAACUUUCCCGUACCAUAUUUUACUAACCAGCCUCUGUAGUUUUGUUCUGAAGUUUCACUUCUUGAAGUGAGCUGCGUCAUCCUUAAAGUACUAUUGAGGGUUGACCUAAAUGCAAUGUGACUACUUUCCUUUAGUAACAGAUAACAUUGAAACCACCACAUAUAUAUGGAGUACUACUACUCCAAUCAACUUCCGUUCGUACAUAUAUAUAUAUAUCGGUAGAUGAACAUAACACUACACAUCUCCCACAUGACAAUUCAUUUCACUUAAUUUAAUACUUCAACCUAACUCCCCAACAUUUCACAUCCAUAGAGCCUAUAAAAACCACACCCACUUAGCCUUCAAAAUGCACACUCCAUCAUCAACUAUAGAAAAGAAUUACAACGUGGUAUCAUGGCCGCUACUAAGCUUCAGGUUUUCGUGGCGCUGAUGGUGGUGAUGGUGGCGAGUCGGCAGCCGGCCGCCAACGGGGCCGUGACAUGUGGCCUGGUGGCGUCCAGCGUGGCACCGUGCUUGAAUUACAUCACGAGGAAGGGCCCCCUGGUGGCAUCCUGCUGCGGCGGAGUUAGAUCCCUUAACGGUGCCGCGAGCUCCACUCCGGCAAGGCGAGAAGCUUGCCACUGUUUGAAAACCAUUGCCGGUAGUGUCCCAGGUAUCAACUACAGCAUUGCCGGCGGCAUUCCCGGCAGGUGCAACGUCAGGCUCCCCUUCCCCAUGUAGGCUUUGAUUUGCGUCUUCCCGACGAAUUGAGACUUGGGAGUUGGGAGACGAGAGUGAGAAUGUAUGUGUGUGGCACUUAAUUUGUAUUUAACAUAACGAGUAUGCUACGCUCGUAUUUGCUUUGUGAUUAAUCAAUAUGGCAUCCUAGCUACUGGUAACAUUUCACAUUCUCUAUGUGUCAGUUUUAGCAUUAAAAUACCUUUUGUUUUAGUUUUUUGUGGUUAAAAUGGUGGAGUAGUGUGUUAGAAGUUUAUGCAGCAAUAUGUAAUUAUUAAGUAUUUUCACUUAAUUAUGUUUAGAGCAAGGUUGUCAAUCAUGUUUAGCCCGCUGGCCCGACUGAGUUAGUGGGUUGAGGGUUAAUGGAUCGACCAGAUUAACCCGGAUUAGCCUGGUUUAACCCGAAUAUAUGAAUAAAAUCAUAAUAUCAUACAUACAUAAUUUAUAUAAAAGGUCAUCUAGUACAUAGAGGUGUCAAUUGGGCGGGUUGGGUCGUGUUCGGAUUGGGUCUAACCGGGUUGGGUUCAAUCGGGUUGCGAGUUCAAUCGGGUCGGUUUCAAUUUGUAUCGGGUUUAAUUGGGUUGCAUCAUAUUACAGGUUUAUUGGAUUGCGGGUUAAUUCGGGUUCGGUCAGGUCGGAUUAUGGGUUAUUCGGGUCAACCUAUUGGAUCAUUUACUUCUUGACACAAAAUAAUGUUUUAAAAAUUAUCAAUAUAUGAAUAUAAAUUGUAGCUGAUGAUACAAAAUUUAAGAAAAUGAUAAUACGAUA